CAAAUCAAGCCUGCCUCUCUCUACCUUGACUUGCCUUAGCCUGUCCCAUCCAAGCAAGCUUUGCUCUCUCUCCUCUCCCACACACGCCAGUCCUUCUCCUCUCAGUCGACCCUUUUUUUUUCCGGGGCCCUUUUGGUGUGGCUCCUUUCUCUCAAUUCCUUCCUUCCCUUUCCUGCCUGGGCUUACCCAAACGUCCCUCGUUCUUGUUCUUGCCUUUCGACAAGCACUCUGGCCGAAACCAUCGCCCUCUUCAAAGGCACAACAAGGCUGAAAGACAACCAGAACCGUUGCUCCAAGACCUUGCGACCGCAUCGCAUCCCCCGCAAGAACCAAGAACCGUGGAACUACUGACGUUGCGGUCUACCUUUUUGGCAUCUCGACCCUUAUCAGUUCAAUCCAGCGACCGGACCUUCGUCGUCAGUUAGCCUUGGCCCACCUCUUGUGUAGAGAGUUGUGCUGCCACGACUGCCAUCUUUCGGACGACACAAAAACGCUGAAUCAAUUGCCCGCUGCCUCCAACUUUUCAAUUUGUCGCUGGACUCGCAUCUAUUCUAGGGAGGCUUGUGCUACCAGACAUCCCUUCCGCUCGACUCCCCAUUUACCUCUACCCGGCCUCUGCCCUCAAGCGACACGUGCAACGAUCUUGCGCGCGCAACAAGCAACAACUCUGCCAUACCUGCAACGCCGCCAUUUUGGACGCUUGUCGUGCUGGAAUACACACUCGACAUCUUCUCUCUUUGUAAAGACGUCUUCUAGGGUGGUGUCCCCGACCACCCACCCAUUCCACAGGAGCCAUGCUUCUUCCCAAAGGCGGAAUCAACUGGAAGUCGGCCCAGUCCAGACUACCCCCUACCAGAGCGAUAUGGGCUUUCCUGACCAGGACGCGCUUCCUCUUUCUCAUCGCCCUUACUGGCUUUGUUUUGCUGCUAUGGCGCGGUAUCCGCUCGUCAGCUUCUGAAAUGCAGAGCUUCUACUGCUGGGGCCCUGCGAAGCCCCCCAUGGAGAUGUCGCUCAAUGAGCAAGCUUCGUGGGCCGGCCAUCUCCAGACCCCCGUCAUCUUCAACCACCACGAACCCUUGGAAGUCAACCAUACCUCGAUCCAACACGUCAACCUCAACCCCAUCAAGUCCACGCGCAAGGCUGUCACCAAUGAGGAGCGUGUUCUGAUCCUCACUCCCCUCAAGGACGCCGCCCCUUACCUAUCCAAGUACUUCGAACUGAUCGCCGAGCUCACCUACCCCCACCACCUGAUCGACCUUGCCUUCCUUGUGGGCGAUUCCAAGGAUGAUACCCUCGCCAUUCUCGCCUCCGAGCUGGACCGCAUCCAGCGCCGACCCGACAAGAUUCCCUUUAACAGUGCCAUGAUUGUCGAGAAGGACUUCGGCUUCGGGCUCAGUCAGAGCGUCGAGGAGCGCCAUUCGUUCAAGGCGCAGGGUCCCCGACGAAUGGCCAUGGGCCGCGCCCGUAACUAUCUCCUCUCUGCUGCCAUGAAGCCCGAGCACUCCUGGAUCUACUGGCGUGAUGUCGACAUUGUAGACAGUCCUAAGAAGAUCCUCGAGGACUUCAUUGCCCACGACACCGACAUCCUUGUGCCCAACAUCUGGUUUCACCGCUACCGCGAUGGUCGCGAUAUCGAGGGUCGUUUCGACUAUAAUUCCUGGGUUGAGUCUGAUAAGGGCCGCAGGCUUGCAGCGAGCUUGGACAAGGAUGUCGUCCUCGCAGAAGGUUACAAGGAGUACGACACUGGUCGCAGACAUAUGGCCAGGGAGGGUGACUGGCGCAACAACAAGGACGAAGAGCUGGAGCUUGAUGGUAUUGGUGGCGUCAACAUCCUCGUCAAGGGCGAUGUCCACCGGUCAGGAAUCAACUUCCCGUGCUAUGCCUUUGAGAACCAGGCCGAGACAGAAGGCUUCGCCAAGAUGGCCAAGCGUGCUGGCUACCGUGUUGUCGGUCUGCCCAACUACGUUGUUUGGCACAUUGAUACUGAGGAGAAGCCUGGAAACGCAUGAUCAUGGUUGCGUUUUUUACCUUUUUCUUUCGAUUUACUGUAUGACCACGUAACGAUACACACAAACGGGAUCUGGGGAGCGUUUCACGACGAAAAGCAUUUCCGUAUGCUGGCCUAGGAACGUCUUGGGCUGCGAAUGAUUGGCGAGAGGCUCAAAGCCUAGAUUGCCUAUCCCGGCUACGCCGCUUCUUCGCAAGUUUGGCUUCCCGCUACCUAUAUAUCCAACAAACCCUCACCUUUCUUUCGCUCGAAUUCAACUAGUUGAAAGGGCUGGCCAGGAAACGCAAAACCUACGGAACGGAACCUAAAGGGGUGCUCUUUUUGUCAGAACAGGCGAUUCAUGCCAGAUGGAGGGAUGUCUCGCUGUAAUAAUAGACUUGGUUAUAUCACCUGUUAGCAUAGGAGGGAGAAAGGUGUCGCCCAUUAUAGGAAGGGAAGCCCUCUAUACGGCCUCAGACUUUGGGACGGUGAUGAGAAGCAGCAUUGUGCGGGGAGGACGCUUGUGUGUUGAGGCUCUAUCCCGACGUCUGAGUGUGAUAUCUAGGGUAUGAGGAAACUCUGGAGUUCAAAGAGGCGUAAUUUUAAACAUUUUGGCUUGUCU